CUGGAUUUGUGCCUGUCUGCCUGGAGUGGAUCCUCUGCAUCUCCAGUCGAAGCUGUAGAGACCGUCUGAAAGACAACAUGAUGGAUUAUGGCUUCGGGCCGGCUGGGAGGAGUGGGAUGCUUUUCCGAGCUCCAGCCGCACACACGUACACACCCGCUGACGGCCAUGCCUCAGAGAUACUCCCACCAGAGGAAGAGAACCAGCACAGCGGCUGCUAGGAGGAUGGAAAGGAGACACAGGGAGCAGGAGGAAAGCAGCAACAACAACGCAACCAGCAGCCACAAUCACCGCUCCAAGAAGCUGGCCAUGCUCUCCAGGUCCCUGAUCCUGUGUCACUCUAAAACUAACGAUGACUGCCUAGAAGAAAGUCGUGACACGUCAGAGAGAUGCAGGACAUGGAGCCCAGGCUGCAGGGCAGAUGUGACUGCUGGGGAUCAAACACAGUGCAGAGACGCAGCCCUGGAGAAGAGAGGAGGCACUGAGUCAGAUAACCAGCUGCAUCAUGCCGCCACACUUGGGGGGAACAGAAGGAGCACAAGGAGGUCCUUCAGCAUCAAGGAGAGUAGUAUCUGGAGGAUGUGUGUAGCCACAGGGCCCACUGAGGACGUGUGUGGACCACACAUGUCUGAUAACAGGAUCGAGACUGAGGACAAAGACACUAAUGUGGAGCCAGGGAAUGAAGGAAAACUACACAGCUUCCUGAGCCCAGACAAGAUGGCAACCUUUAAUGGACAGUUUCUAGACGGCAGUACUUGGAUGGCAGGGGAGAGGAUGAGGAGCAUUCCCAUUGAAGCCGACAGUGAGCAAACUCCUACAUGUCAGGACAUUCUACAUUCACAAAGUCUGACUGCAAACCAACCGCGUCCAGCUCUCAUCUCCCCAUCUGAACCUCAGUCAUUGCCUGGAUACACAGAUGUAGAACGUCUUUCCAACAACAACCACCUCAAGUUCUCUAUCGCAGAGGUGAAUGAAGCGAGGUGCUGCGACACGGAGGAGCCUGAGCAGAGCCCAUCAGGACAGAUGGCCAGCAACAGGACACGCUCCCACUCAACCAGUGUUCAUCCUUACUGGAUUGGGGAUCUGGACACCAUCAUCAUGAAGACCCCAAAACUGUACACCGCUCAUCCUAAUGGGAAUGCUGGUUUCUAUAGUAACAGGAAGUCUCUGUCCCAGCAGCUGGAGUUUCCUCACUCCACUCCACAACCUCGAUCUCUCAGCUCUGACCAGCUAGUACAUUCCUGCAGCAACAUGCAAGCCUUCAUCAUCUGUAAUGUUGUGCUAAUGAAGGGCCAUGGCAAGGGUCUAGGCUUCAGUAUAGUGGGCGGGAAGGACAGCAUGUAUGGACCAAUGGGAAUCUAUGUCAAGACCAUUUUCCCAGGAGGGGCAGCAGCUGCUGAUGGAAGGCUGCAGGAGGGUGAUGAGAUCUUGGAGCUGAAUGGAGAGUCACUACAUGGUCUGACUCACGAUGAAGCCCUACACAAGUUUAAACAAAUCAAAAAGGGCCUGCUGACUCUGGUGGUGAGGACAAGCCUGCGUGUCGGUGCCCUCUGUGGGCAGUCGCAGGUAGCCCAGCUAUGCAGGUCUCGCUCCCUCAGCUCCUCCACAGGCAUGUCCAGAACCAGUGCUGACAUGGGAGACUACAACUACCUGAACAACACCUGCAGUUACACACCAAGUGUCCCGGGUCCGCCAGCUGAGCCCAGAGACCGCAUCGUGGUGGAGAUCAUUCUGCAAAAAGAGGCUGGUGUUGGUCUGGGUAUUGGACUAUGCUGUGUUCCAUCUGGUGCCGGGUGCCCAGGGAUCUACAUCCACACCCUCUCUCCCGGAUCUGUGGCUCACAUGGAUGGAAGACUGCGAUGUGGAGAUGAGAUCAUGGAGAUGGACGACACUGUGGUUUACAACAUGCUGCUGAAUGAUGUCUACACAGUACUGAGCCAGUGCCCACCAGGGCCAGUACACGUAAUCAUCAGUCGACACCCCGACCCCAAAGUAUCAGAGCAGCAACUGAAUGAUGCUAUCGCUCAGGCAGUGGAAAACAGCAAACUGAGAAAGGAUAAGAGCCAGUGGAGCAUUGAUGGGCUAUGUCGACCGGAGUCUUGUUCUCACAGCCAGCUCGCAUGUGAACAUUGUCAAGAGAGGAGUUCCAGUCAGCUGAUGGAUCAACGAGCACAGAAGACCAUGAGCCGCUCCUGCAGCAACCACUCCAACGGUCACAACAACAACCACUGCCUCACCAUAUGCAGACCUCACCACACACACCAUAGCCCAUCAGUCCGCGUCCACAGCCUCGACACACCCACGUCUAUGAGAGAGAUGUGGUCCGACAACAGACUGUCAGUGCCUGUGUACCCUGAUGAAGACUAUAACCUCCCGUACAAAUCUGCUGCUGCCAGCCCGUCCAGUCAGCAGGCCCUGGAUCUGGCCUCAAGGGGCCACAAGUCCACCUGCAGGGUGCGUGCUGCUCCACAUCGGUAUUGCUGGCCUCAGGAUGUGACCAGUGAGGAGAGUUAUUAUGGAGACUCCAGCGGCUCCAGUAAAGGAUCCCCAGUUAGAGAUGAAGGACUGGAGUCAUCAUCACACACCGGCUGCCAGUUCUUCAGCAGUAUGUACAAGGCCUUGAAAAAGAUCCUGAGGUUACUUUUAAGGAAUCAGGAAGGAGAACGAAUAAGAGAAGAGUCAGAGGAGCUCAGGGAAGAUUUCACUCAUCCUGUAGCCCACACCAACGACAGACUACACACAGGUGAUUCAUCAUCUGUGCUCUGCUCACAGCCGAAGAGAGGAUCUCUUAGGAGGCAGGCUCGUAUCGAUCAACCCGCCCAAGAACAGCUUCAGGAUCCUUGGGUUCGCCUUUCAGACAGCUCCCCUGAAGAGCUGACUAAGAUCCACUACCAUCACCGCGCUGCAGGAAGAACACAGCCUAUCAACGUCUAUAGCAAGCCUACCACUAUGAGUGACAAAGAGAACAUGUCCAAACUCAAUGGCUCAGCCACUGAUGGGACUUCAGAUCCUCCGUCCAACUUGACACCUGAAAACACAUUGGAAUGUCCUUCAGGAGCAAAGUUGGGGCCCCCGGUGGCACCCAAGCCUGCCUGGUUUCGCAAGAGUCUGAGGAAAAUUUGGGAUGAGCAGGAUGAGAAGACGCAAGCGAAACCCGCAGAACAGAGGUCUGCUAUGGGAUUCAACAGAAGCUUCGGUGUUAGAUUUACCUCAUCUGCAGCCAACCUGUCAAUCAAACAAAAGAUACACUCAUUUGAGACUUUUUCCUGUCGAGAAGUUCCAGAAAAGGGGGGUAACAGAAAGCCUGUGGCCCCUUCCAACUCAAUUCCUCUGGAUACGGAGUCCAAGAGUCACCCUGCCUCACAUGGAGGUUAUGGGAAGGGAACACAUGAAAUCCUAGACCCAAACCAGUCUGCAUUUGUUAGGGACACAAAUAAAAUAGUUUCUGCUACACCCUCUCCCAUCACCUUAUCCUCUUCUAAAGAGUGUAGUCAAACACCAACCAAGUCUUUUGAUGAUGAACCUCUCUCUAUCCAAUCCCCCACAGAUCUCCCACUUUCUGAUACCUUUAGUACUGAUCUGGACUCAGGGACAAAUGAUUCUCAUUCUCAAGUCCAUGAUGACAGUAGUAUCUUUCCAACAAAGCAGGAGUCUGAGCUAGGAAGGGUGGAUCUUAACGGGACCACAGAGUGCAAGGUCCUACCCUCGACAACAUCUAUGAGAUCCAAUAAAGUUGAGGGGGAAAGUCCUUCAGAAGAGACAGAGGACGAUGGAGCACAGAGCCAAGGAAGGAGUGCUGUUCCACCCGCAGACAGGAACACUUUGGGAGGACUGGAGGGAGAGAGUUUAGGGAAAAUACUCGCCUUUAGUAACCAGGUUUCACAAGCGCUGAUGCGCUCAUUACCCACGCACCCCUGCCAUGAAAACCCUUGCUCCUCAAACCUGCAGGACUCCUCUGCUGUGGACUUUACGAACCCUCGGUGGUCUGAGCAUGCGCCGGACAGCCCCGACCGAGGAUUCUCUUUCAGCUUGGCCACACUGAGGGAGUGUACCAUUGAGCGAGGGGAGGGGGGGUGUCAUGACGAGGCAGCAGUCCCUUCUGCUGGUGCUCACUGUGUCAUCUCAGCCAUCCCCUCACAGGAAAUACAGAGGAUGAUCCAGGAAGUCAAUGGUCUGGACGAUGAGACGCUGAAGCAACUGUUGGACAUCCAUGUUGUGAUUCUACAUAAAGAGGAGGGAGCUGGUCUGGGCUUCAGCAUCGCUGGAGGGUCCGACCUGGAGUGCAAAGUUCCCACAGUCCACAGAGUGUUUCCCAGCGGCCUGGCAGCUCAGGAGGGCACCAUUGAGAAAGACGAUGAGGUGUUGUCUAUAAAUGGUCAAACACUGCGUGGAGUCACACACGCUGACGCCACCGCGGCUCUGCGUCAGGCCCGCUGUCUGAAGCAGGCUGUGGUGGUGGUCUGCAAGAGAGCAGACGAGGAAGGAAAAGAGGAAGGAAGCUGCAGGAGCGAUGAGUCCAACCAUGCAGUGGAGGAGCAGCUGAGUGUGGAGCUGGAGAAAGGAGCAGGAGGAGUUGGCUUUACUCUUGAGGGAGGGAAAGGCUCAAUCCACGGAGACAGCCCUUUAGUCAUCAACAGAAUCUUUAAAGGUGGAGCAGCAGAGCAGAGCGGUCUGCAGCAUGGAGACCAACUCCUCCAGGUCCAGGGAAUCAGUGUGCAGGACAUGACUCGCUUUGAGGCCUGGAACAUGAUCAAGGCCUUACCUGAAGGACCCGUCACCGUGGUCAUCAGGGGGAGGCAGGAAGGGGUAGAAUGACAGACACGGCUGCUGGGAGCUGCAAAUCACGAUGUCAGCGAAAUGAAAACCAAUAAUAGCACUUGAGGCACACAGAUGUUAGCCUUUUAUUUGAGACAGAGUGAUCCUAUUUUGACAAUGGUGGACAACUUCUGAAUACAUUUCUAAUAUAAUUAUAUUGCACAUUUAUGAUCAGGUAUGUAGUUUGUAAAUAGUCAAAUCAACCAAAUCCUUGUCUGGAAUACUGAGAACGAUCGGGGGGGGGGGGGGGGGCUUCACAAACCCAGGGUGGACUACGGCCAGGUCAAUUUAGCGGUUAGCAUAUCAGUAUCUAGUGUUAGCACUACGCUAGCUACUGAAGGUAUACCGAAUGUAUUGGAAUGAUUGUGACAGAGAAUAAAGAUCUACCUGGCUUUUA